AUGGGUGCCAUCGACAGACGUACGAGAAUCAUUGUGACGCCUCUGAUACAUGGAUGCAGGCUGCUCCAGCUACUCACCCUUCGAGGCGAGCAUUCAGCGGUGGAAUUUCUUGCGGAAACCAAACACGUCGAUAUUCGGGUCCAUGACGCUCAUGGUAUGACGGUCCUGCACUAUGCGGCAAUCAAGGGGUAUGGGAAAAUCGUUCGGCUCCUGACAAGAGAUCCCCACCACAAAGCCUUGCUCGAUGCCCCGGAGGACGGACAGAGCGAUACGCCGUUGAUACUGGCAGCCCGGUUCCAGAACGAAGCCGUAUUACAGCUGCUGCUGAAGAAAGGAGCAGAUGUCAAUGCUCGGAAUACGCACGGUGAAAGUGUUCUCUUCUGGGCCGCCAAGCGACAAGAUGUCAAGUUGGCGCGGAUGCUGGUGAAACGAGGGGCAGAUCCAAAUCAAGUCGCUCGCCACGGGUUCACCCCUCUGAUUCAGGCCAUCAUGGAUGGCUGUAUCGAGCUGGCUGCAGUAUUGCUGGGGGGAGGCAGCAAUGUGGAGCAACCCGAUAUCCAGGGCUACCGGCCCCUUGUCUGGGCUGUCGUGCUGGGUGAUCCUGCAAUGGUCAAUCUUCUUUUCUCUUAUCAUGCAAGAGUAAAUCCAUCCGCAAGGAGCGGAGCGGAGCGCUCGCCGCUCGUUUGGGCGGUCAUGAAAGGGAGCGUGGAUAUGGUUCAGCUCCUGCUCUACCAUGGCGCCAGUGUGGGUCCGACACCACCAAACAGCCAGCCGCCUCUGAUGUGCGCCGUCAUCCACAGAGACACGGCAGUGGCUAAACUAUUGCUCCAAUAUGGCGCACUCCCGAACGAGCGGGGUACGAGCGGCGAGACAGCCCUGGCGUGGGCCCUGUUGAACAAUGACAGGGAAAUGGUGCAGCUGCUACUCGAGUACAAAGCUUGUCCGAAAGUUAUGACGCGAAACGCAUGGUUCGCAUUACCCCUCUCCCAGCGUGCGUGA